AAGUCUCAAGAUCCACCAACUACAAUUAUCGCCGCAUCGCGUCAAAGCGAACUCCGGAAGCCUUGCCUUGCACAGAAGAUUUUUCCUCUGAGAACACCCGUGUGUAAUUAAGAAUGGCGUCCCAGCUUCUUCCUUUAGAGUUGAUUGACAAGUGUGUCGGAUCCCGGAUAUGGAUCAUCAUGAAAAACGACAAAGAAUUCUCCGGCACAUUGCUCGGGUUCGAUGACUACGUUAAUAUGGUGCUGGAAGACGUGACCGAAUUUGACUACACUGGCUCCCAGGUCAAGCUGCCGAAAAUCCUUCUCAACGGGAACAAUAUUUGCAUGUUAAUUCCUGGUGGUGAAGGGCCUGUUGGUAGCUCUUGAUUGAGGUUCGACAGUUUACUUUGAUGCGAUGACAACAUUUGCCAAUGACCAGUGACGAUAUACAUGUAAUAUCCUUCAAAUAAUAGAAACUUGUCUUCUUCUUGCAGUUCGUUGUGCACAUUUGUGCUCCUAGGUUUGGCG